AUGGCGACAGACGACAGCACCUCGCCCACCCGCAUCCGCAUCCUCACCCUCAAUUGCUGGGGUCUCAAGUACCUCUCCAAAUUCCGUCAUGAGCGCAUGUCAGAAAUCGGCCGCCAAAUCGCCAUCGCCGAGGAUCCUCCCCAAAUCGUCGGUCUACAGGAAUGCUGGACUCAGCAAGACUACAAGAGUAUUCGCAAGCAAACCAAACACUUGCUGCCAUACGGCAAAUUCUAUUAUAGUGGAGUGUUUGGCGGCGGACUAGCGAUUCUCUCCAAAUGGCCGAUUGAGGAGAGUAGUAUGUUCGCAUACCCGCUCAAUGGACGUCCGACGGCGUUUUUCCGGGGUGAUUGGUAUGUCGGAAAGGGAGUUGCGUGUGCGCGAAUACGUAUGGGACCGAGAGCAGAUGAUAUUGCAGAAGUAUUUUGUACGCAUUUACAUGCGCCGUACGAGAAGGAGCCGCACGAUUCAUAUCUCUGUCAUCGAACCGCGCAGGCAUGGGAAAUCUCCAAGUUGAUGCGCAAAGCUACAGAAAGAGGCCACUUAGCGAUUGGAUUGGGCGAUUUUAAUAUGGUGCCCAUGUCGUUUGCGCAUCGGUUGAUUACAGCUCAUGCUCCAGUCAAAGAUGUAUGGCAACAUUUACAUCCGGACUCAUCCGUAGGAGCCGCAGAUUCAGCCGCGGAGAAGAAACGAGGUAAACCUAUUCCAUCGGCGGAUUUCAAUAUAUCCGAGAAUGGUGCUGCGAGUGAUGGUCCUUUCAAUACGUGGCGCUGGUCGAAGGAGCAACAGAAGCGACUGUUCAAGGGCGACGAUACUUUCAUUGAUGGAAGUCAACCAGACCCUAAAGGUCGUCGAUUGGAUUAUAUAUUUGUUGGAGACGGUGAAUAUCCACCAUCCUUUCCCACAGCUCGAUGGAAUAUCGAGGCCGCCUGGGUGACCAUGAUGCAACGCCAUCCUACGCUCAAGGUCUCGCUUAGUGACCACUUCGGCAUCGAAACGGUCAUUACACGCAAUCUUGGUCAGACCAUCACAACUUCACCAGAGUCGGAGAAGCGUCAAACAGAGUCCAAUAAUACCAACGAUGAUGGCCUCGCCAUUCACUCCUCGUCCCAGCUGCACCCGACAUCCGCACCCAGCUCCGCGCUCACAGUCGAAACAUACGACGAGAUCCUCGCCAUGGUGGAUACCUACGAGCUCCGCGAACGCUCCCAACGCCGCUGGCGCUUGGCGCAUUUCAUAAUCUCCAUUCUCGUCUCCAUCGGUUGCUUCGUCGGCGUAUGGUGGACAUCUGAUGUGAUAUACGUCGCUUUCAUUCUCACCUUUGUGAGUACUUUGAACUUUGGAGCUGGCAUCUUAGAUGGAUUGAUUGGUGGAUUGUUCAUGUCGGCUGAGUUGCGAGCGCUUAAGGAGUUUAAGUGGGAGGUUCGGACGGCGAGAAGGCUGGCCAGUGUUGCCGCUGGGAAUAGCAAGGAUGCGUUAGGGGACGAGGACGAGGACCUAUAG